UUUUUUUCUCUUCUAUCUAUCCAAACAUAAUUAGAGAUUAUUGAUAUUAUUAUUUUUUUUUUUCUUUUAUAACUAACACAGUACUAUCAUUUUUUUUAUUUUCACUCCUAUGUAUCCAAACAAGGCCUACAAAAGAGAGAACCACACACAUCCUUGCUUAUAUAAGAAGAGGAGGAGGGAAAAAGAAGAAUACAAUAUAUCUUGUUUGGAGGAAAAGAAAAGAAAAGAAAAGAAAAUAAAAUGGUGAAUUUCAUGGCUUCAACUUAUGUUCUCCUCUCUUUUCAUCUCCUCUUAGGUCAUUGUUCAUCAGGGUCCACCAAUCUCACACACAAUGCAUGCAAGAAAGCUGCAAAAAUUGAUCCAAACUUCAGCUACCACUUCUGUGUUGCACAUCUUGAGCAAAACCCUAAAAGCAAACAUGCGAAGACGCUUCAAGAACUUGGAGUCAUAUCAAUUGCGAUAGCCAAAUCCAAAGCAAGUCACACAAGGUCACACAUCAAGAAGCUUCUGAGAAAUAAUACAAGGUUUGACUCUUUUGCUGAGGGUUGCUUAAGGGAUUGUUUGGAUCUUUAUUCUGAUGCCAUACAAGCACUAAAAGUUGCUAGGAGUGAUUUCAAGUCUAAAGACUAUGAUGAAGCUGAUAUACAAGUCAGCUCUGCAAUGGAAGCACCAACUACUUGUGAAGAAGGGUUUGGGGAGAAAGAAAGUGAAGUGCAUCCUUUGACAAAGGAGAACAAGUUGUUCUUCAAAUUGGCUGCAAUUUCUCUUGCUUUUACCCAAAUUGUCAAUGACUGAUCUAGUUCAUUAUGCAAUAUAUAUAUAUAUAUAUAUACACACACACAACAUAUGUGAAUGUAUGUGUGUUGUAAAAGUUUGAGCUAAAUGUACUUUGAAUGUUAGUUAAUGAUAUAUAAAAUAAAUUUUAUUUGACCUAAAUUCAACGUAGGCCUCUAGCAUGGU